GUGCGGCUCCCCCCCCCCCCCCCCCCCAAGCCGUGGGGUGAAUGGAGCGAUGUGAGGGGGCGUGGCCAAGCAAUGCAGAGUUGCCAGCGGUGUUAUUUGCUGGGGGCGGGGCUUUUUCUGGCCCCCUCAUCCGCUGAUUGGUGGAGGCGCCGCGGUCUUUGGGGCUACCCGUGCGCUGAUUGGCGGAGACGCGCAGUUGCGGCGCCGCCAUGUGGGAGAGCGGGGAGCCGCCGGCGGCGCUGAGCCGGGCGGAGGCGCUGGGCCUCCACCGGAAUGCGGCCGGGAACCGAGCAGGGGAACCGGGCUGGCGGCACGCCUGCCACGUCCUGCUGUACGCCCCGCUGCCCGCCGGCUCUCCUCCGCCGGGAUACGCGGUGCUGAUGCAGCUGCGGUUCGACGGCCGGUUUGGCUUCCCGGGAGGACUGGUGGAGCCCGGCGAGGAGUCGCUGGAGGCUGGGCUGCACCGGGAGCUGCUGGAAGAGCUGGGCCCGGCGGCGGCCGAACUGCGUUUGGGACCCGGCCAUCACUGCGGCGCUAGGGCCUGGCCGGCGGCGGGUGGCGGAAGCGGAAGUGACGUUGGGCUCGUGACGCAUUUCUACAUCCGGCGGUUACCAUUGGAGCAGCUGGUGGCCAUCGAGAGGGGUGGCCCGCGGUCACCGGAGCACGGCCUGGAGGUGCAGGGGCUGGUGCGGGUGCCCCUGGGCAGGGGGCUCCCUGCUUUCCUGCGCAACUGCUUCGCUGGGGACGCCCGGGAACAGCUCGUGGGGGCCUUCCCCAUCCUCGGCAUCCAGCCUCCCCACAACGAGGAACUCGUGGGGGACCCCAAAGCCAGGAGGCCCCUUACUACAAAACUGAUGGCAGGGGAAGGGGGGGGGGGGGGGGGGCGGGCAAUGACCUAACGAAGUAAAAUCACCCCAAACCCCUCUCUUGACAUCAUCAUUCACUAAGGCAAGGAAUUUGGGGGUUCAGAGGAAUGUCUGUGUAGCACAUUAAAUCUUUAUAUUUUCAGAUAUAAAAAGACAAUUUUACAA